AUGAUGCGCCGCUCGUGCGUGCACGACGCCACCGCUUCGCCGGGCUACAACGAGCGCCUCCUUACGGGCGAGCGCCUCGCGAGGAUGAAGGCCUGCGCCGAAAAGGCGUCGACGACCUUCCCGCCGGCCUUUGUAAACAAGCCCCAGCCCGAGGACGAGGCGACCACGCCCGAGGGCGACGACGCCCUGGCGCGCGGGCGCUGGGCCAACGAGCGGCGCAAGCCCGCCCCGCGCGACAGCGGCAGCACGGGCCAGAUCCCCGCGGGCUUCCCGACGGCCGCGGAGCUCGACCGCGAGCUCGGCGGGCCCGACGGGUACUUUACGCUCUGCGGGCUCCACUACUGCAACCUCUUCGCGAACCCGCGCAUGCGCGUGCUCUUCGACACGCGCGACCCGGACACGGCGGCCAGCGCCAUGGCGCGGCGCGGCGACCACGGCAAGCGCAUCGCGGCAACUUUAUUGGACGAGUGCCACGGCACGCGCUACUUCGCGUCGCUGGGCCGCGGCUUCUCCGGCGCGUUCGCGGUCAUGGGCACGCACAACAAGGCGAAGCAGUGCCCCAUGCGGCCGGCGUCGCAGCAGCGGGCCCUGCCCGCGGGCCACCGCAAGGCGAACCGGAGGUUCACGGCGGACCAGCGCGACUCGUGGGUCGGGUCCCACAUGAUGGCCGCGGAGGAGUGCGGCGCGUCGCCCGCGUUCGUCGAGAAGUACGGCCUCUGGCUCGCCAUGACCCGGCAGCGCAACGCGAGCUCGUCGAAUAACUUCGCGUCGCCGAACCCGAACCGGGGCCGCGUCUCGGCCCGGCUCCAGAGCCUCUACACGGGCGACUCGCGGCCCGGCGACGGCGUGGACUACGUCCGCGCGUCGCGGCACCUGAAGGCGCGGCGGUGGGAGAAGCGGGACAAGGUCUUCGGCGGGCCGGGCCCCCAGGCCUUCACCGUGGUGCGCUGGCAGCCCGUGGGCCCGGCGAACGCCGAGCUCCAGGCGCUCCGCGACCGGCCGCCGCCGUCGGUGAAGCGGUCGAAGAAGCGGAAGCUCGACGACCGCGCGGAGUCGCCGCUGCCGUCGAGCGAGCCGGGCGACGCCGAAAGCGGCGAGUCCACGGCCGACCUCUUCAACGAGCUCGCCGCGCGCCACGCCGAGGACUCCGCCGCCGCGGCCGCCAUGGCGGCACGCUUGCUGCGCAUCGCGACGCUCGUCGCCGCCGCGGGCGCCUUCCAGACACCCGCGCGCGCGCGCGCGCCGACGCCGCGGCGCGCGACGGCCGUCGACGCCGACAUCGACGCCGCGCUGGCCGUCUGCCGGUCCGCGGCGGCGACGAAGGGCGAGGACUCCGACGACGUCGUGGCCGCGCUGCUGGCGCUGGAGAAGGGCAUGCGGGCCGCGGCGAAGGCGUCGCCGGACGUGUCGGCGCGGACCGUCGAGCAGCUCGACGGCUGCUGGCGCCUCGUCUUCACGACGGGCACCAUCGACACGCAGAAGAAGGUCGGCAAGAUCAACUACUUCCCGCUCAAGGCCGUGCAGACCUUUGACGUCGCGCGGGGCCGCAUCUCGAACUCUAUCCUCGUCGGCGACUUCCCGCUGAUCCGCUUCUUCGGCGACUUCGAGUGGCUCAUGGACCGGCGGCGCGUCGAGUUCGACUUCGACCAGAUCGCGCUCUUCAACUUCGGCCGCAUCGACCUGCCCAAGGGCGGCGCGGCGAAGAUCGGCGCGUCCACGGGCCUCGGCUCGGAGAACAACGUGAAGAUGGUCGAGGAGUCGAAGAAGCCCUUCUUCAACUGGAUCUCCGCGGACGCGGACAUCGCGACGGCGCGCGGCGGCGGCGGCGGCAUCGCGCUCUGGAAGCGCGACCUCGACUACGCCAUGCCGGAGUGA